CCCUUCAGUCUGGCACAGGUGUACCGGCUCCUCCCCUUCAGUCUGGCACAGGUGUACCGGCUCCUCCCCUUCAGUCUGGCACAGGUGUACCGGCUCCUCCCCUUCAGUCUGGCACAGGUGUACCGGCUCCUCCCCUUCAGUCUGGCACAGGUGUACCGGCUCCUCCCCUUCAGUGUACCGGCUCCUCCCCUUCAGUCUGGCACAGGUGUACCGGCUCCUCCCCUUCAGUCUGGCACAGGUGUACCGGCUCCUCCCCUUAAGUCUGGCACAGGUGUACCGGCUCCUCCCCUUCAGUCUGGCACAGGUGUACCGGCUCCUCCCCUUCAGUCUGGCACAGGUGUACCAGAACCCCCCCCCGGCCUGGAAUGGCUUCCUCUGAUGUCACCGCACACUGGGAGCUUCUCGCAAUGUACA